AUGACUCGAAAUUACUACCAAUGGGUACCCUUGGUUCUUGGUCUUCAGGCCAUCCUGUACUACUUGCCAAGAAUAAUCUGGAGCAUUUUCACCUACAACCGGACAGGCAUGGACUUGCAAAAUGUCAUCCGUUCGGCCAAUUCUGCCUCCAAGGACGAGGGGGAGAAACGGGAGAAGACCGUGCGCCAUCUGGCCAAAAGUCUCGAGCUAAUGCUCUUCAGUCGUCGCGAAUACCAUAACCGCGGUGCUCGGACCGAGCGUAUGCUGGCUCUGCUGCCGGGAAAACGACACGGCAACAACCUCAUCUAUUACUACCUCGGCAUCAAACUUCUCUAUGUGCUUGUGGGCUGCUGCCAGCUUUACCUCAUGUAUGUUUUCCUGCGUUUCGACAAUCGUGAAGGCUACUUCUUUUUCGGCAUUCGUAUUCUCGCGGACAUUACUCGCGGCAAGCCCUGGACUGAGACGCAGGUAUUUCCCCGUGUGGGCAUGUGCCGUCACACCCUACAACACGUGGCUGCCAGCAACAAGCUCUUCGCCCAGUGUGUCCUUCCAAUCAACAUGCUAAACGAGAAGAUUUACGUCUUCCUCUACUUUUUUCUUUCGUCCGUACUGCUCAUGACUAUCUUCAGCGUGCCCCUCUGGUUGGUACGUAUCGCGGCAAGACGCCAGCGCCACUUCGUGCGGCGGUUUCUCAAGAUGGCAGAUGUCUACAACCGCGAUGAUGAGAAGAUGCGUGAUCUGAUUAACCGUUUCAUAAACGAGUUCCUGCGUCAGGAUGGACACUUUCUGCUGCGUAUGCUCUCUAUGAAUGCCGGUGAUCUUAUCACGGUGGAAAUUGUUUGCUGUCUGUUCGGCGACUAUAAGAAGCAGUACUACGGCAAGGAUUUCCGCAUUGGAGAACGCAAACCAAAAAGCAACGAUUACGGCGAGCUGUUCGUGCUGAAGGCAACGGGUAGUCAGGUGUCGGGCUAUCCCCAUUACCAUCAAAAUCCCCCCCACCUGAUGCCCCCCUCGCACAGCGAGGGUAAUAUGGUCUCACCAGAUGGUGACUUUAUGAGCCUUACGCUCCAACCUGGCGGUCAGGUUGUGACCUCGAAGCAUCGACCACUGCCAUCAGCACCUGUGCUGCCAGAUACGAAGAGCGCACGACUACCCUAUCCGACCGAUUUUACGGACUAUGGCGCGGAUAUGCCGCCACCACUGUAUCCAAACACCAACACUGAAUUUCAGCGUCCCCAAAAGGGAGCUGCGGUCGAUGGUGAUGGUGGGAAGUACGUAGAAGGGGACGAAAAGGAGGCAGCUCGGAAGACAGCAAUCAUUCACCGACAAGCCGCCGACCGUGACGACGAGACCAGUAAUCCUCCUCAUCCACCCAAUUCCACUGUCCGACGGACGUACAAUGUGUAG